UCUCGGGGUCCUCCAUCUUCUGCAUCGAGUGCCACGUUGGACCAAGCCACUUCUGUUGCCUUACACGACAUUGUCCGACUCGUCUCUCAUUUCUAUUUGAAGAUUUCUUUUCCGAUUCUCUGAAGGGGUUGUUCCAGGAUCUACCUGCGGCAUUUUAUUGUUUUUAUCGCAAAUUUUGAGCCACCAUUGUCACUAUUCAUCCCUGUGACCGCACCUGCCAUCACUUCUCGCACUCAACUCUUUAUUCGGCCUGCCGUUCACCCAAACGACCACCGUGAACUUCGGACUUGGUUCAAUUCCGGCUUCUAACGAUCUAUCAAAGUAGCGAGGUUUUAUCUCGCUGCAUACUUCCUCCGAAAUGCGCUUCUCUUUUUCAACCCUGCUGGCGCUGGGCGCCUUACAGACUCUCGGUGUCUAUGCUCAGGACUGCGUCAAUGCAUGUGUUGAGUCAGUAAAACCAACUGUGGGCUGCGCAGAUGCCACCCAGGCUGGUUGUAUUUGUGUCAACCCCAGCUUCGUCAAGGGUGUGGCUGAGUGCGCAAGAGCGCCUUCAUGCAAUGCUGCAGACGCCGAUAUCACCAGCUUCUUAAGCAACGGGUUUUGUGUGGGUCAGCAACUCCCUGCCCUUCCAGAAGCUGCCGCAACGUCGGCUUCAGGCGUAACGACAACAUCUGCUGCAGCAGCAACUUCAUCCGAAGUGGCAGCAGCAACAUCGGAAACCCCUGCCGCAGCUGAUACUUCCGAAGCUGCAUCGACCUCUGCUGUGCCUCCAGUAACUUCAGAGGCCCCUAAAGCUACUUCAACUGAUGCUGUCGAUGCGACUUCAACAGCUGAAACUGCCGGUGCCGUCGAACCUACUGCCACUGAAUCUGAGGCCUCCGCUUCCGCCACCGAUGCCGACAGCUCAUCAACAGCCUCCGAGGCCGCUGGUGCUGCCGCUACCUCUGACUCUUCAGAUGACGGCUCAGACAAGGAAGAAUCUUCCGGUGGCAUGUCUGGUGCUGCGAAGGCUGGCGUCGGUAUUGGAGUCACUAUUGGUAUCCUCGCACUUCUCGGCAUCGCAGGUUUCUUCUUCUGGAAGAAACGUCAAAACCAGCACGAUCUCCCUCGCGGAAACAUGGCGAGCAUGUCACCACCCAUGGCUACUAGGGACCGCAGUUAUCCUCUGCCCGACCAAGGAUCGAUUGGCGAGAAGAAUGGAUACGACAUGGAGCUAAUGUCCCAUCGAUAUGAGGAUAUGCUUCCUCGCGAGGAACCGCGACAUAUGGUUUGAGCAAAGCUAGCUUGUGGGAGAUAUCGGCGUUUAAAACGGGGCACAGCAGAAUCAAUAUAUUGCAGAUGACAAUCGCAUGCCCACUCUAUCAAUCACUGCAUAACACAUGUCUAAUUGUGAUCCAAGAUUAGCCACUGAGCAAGUCACCAGCACACACCGCUUUACGAAACAGCAUGGUUUUACCCACGGAGGGUGGGCGUUGAUUGAUUCGUGAAUUAUGGGUGGCAAUGAGAUUUGAACCAACAAACCAAGCUGUAACUGGGUCGGCGUUGGACGAUUACUUAAUGAACAAGAUACCACAAAUUCACAUAAGGCGGGAGUC